AUGAUAGGGACCACAACGGCAACAAUGGACAGGAAUGCAGAUGGAGAGCAAGGUAGGAGGAAGAAGGGAGGCUUCAGGACCAUGCCGCUCAUACUAGCAAGCGAAGUCUGCGACCGGUUUGCCACGGCCGGCUUCAACGCCAACCUGAUCACGUACCUGACGCAGCAGCUGCACCUCCCCAUGGUGGAGGCGUCCAACCUCCUCACCAACUUCAGCGGCACGUCCGCCUUCACGCCCAUCCUAGGCGCGUUCGCCGCCGACUCCUUCGCCGGGCGCUUCUGGACCAUCAUCGCGGGCUCCGUAGUCUACCAGAUCGGCAUGAUCGGCGUCGUCCUCGCCUUGCUAUACCUGUCUCUGCUGUGCACGUCGCUGGGCUCCGGCGGGAUCCGGCCGUGCGUCGUGGCGUUCGGCGCCGACCAGUUCGAGCAGCAGAAGCAGCAGCAGGACAGCAGCGCCGCCGAGGCGGCCAAGGCGGAGGCGGAGCGGAAGCGGCGCUACUUCAACCUCUACUUCUUCACCAUGGGGUUCGCCGUGCUGCUGGCGCUCACGGUGGUGGUGUACAUCCAGGAGAACGUCGGGUGGGGGUGGGGGUUCGGCAUCCCGGCCAUCGGCAUGUUCAUCUCCAUCGUCGUGUUCCUGGUCGGCUACCCGCUCUACGUGCUGCUCAGGCCCGGCGGCAGCCCGUUCACGCGGCUCGUGCAGGUCGUUGCCGCCGCGUUCAAGAAGCGCCACGCCGCCGUGCCCGAGGACCCCGGCUUGCUGUACAAGGACAAGGAGCUCGACGCGCUCAUCUCCACCAACGGCAGGCUCCUGCACACCAACCAGCUCACGUUCUUCGACCGGGCAGCAAUAGUGACGCCGGGCGACAUCACCCCGUCCGGGCAACCAGACCCGUGGCGUCUGUCGACGGUGCACCGCGUGGAGGAGCUCAAGUCCAUCGUCCGCCUGCUGCCCAUCUGGUCGGCGGGCAUCAUGCUGGCCACCGCCGGCUCGCACAACUACACCUUCACCAUCAUGCAGGCGCGGACCAUGGACCGGCACCUGGGGCCCGGCCACUUCCAGAUCCCGCCGGCGACGCUGACCAUCUUCUCGACGGCCGCCAUGCUCGUCACCCUGGCCUUCUACGACCGCGUCUUCGUGCCGCUGGCGCGCCGCGUCACGGGCCUACCGUCGGGGAUCACCUACUUCCAGCGUAUGGGCAUCGGGCUGGCCAUCUCCGUGCUCAGCGUCGCGUCGGCCGCGCUCGUGGAGACCAAGCGCCGUGACGCCGCGGCGCGGCACGGGCUCCUGGACAGCCCCGCCGCCGUCGUGCCCAUCAGCGUGUUCUGGCUGGUGCCGCAGUUCGCCGUCCACGGCGUCGGCGACGCCUUCUCGUCGGUGGGGCACAUGGAGUUCCUGUACGACCAGGCGCCCGAGAGCAUGCGCAGCAGCGCCGUCGCGCUCUUCUGGCUCGCGGGCUCCAUCGGGAGCUACAUGGGCACGGUGCUCGUCACGGCGGUGCAGCGCGCCACGCGCGGGCGCGGCGAGUGGCUCCAGGACAACAUCAACCGGGGCAGGCUCGACAAGUAUUACUGGCUCGUCACCUGCCUCGUGGUGCUCAACUUCGGCUACUACCUCGUCUGCUUCUACUUCUACACCAUGAAGCCGCUGGAGGUGGCAGAUGAUGACAAUGGUGGUGGUGACCAUGACAAGGAGUUUGAGCUCUCAUCGUCUCUCCAGAAAAAUGGCGGUGGCGGCACCGGUGGGAUGGUGUAA